AGCAAAGCUGCUUGGAUGGCUAAAACAACUAGGAGCUGGGAUACCACCUUCUAUGAAAAGUGGUAUGUGUGCAACAGAGAGAAGUUAUGUGAAUCCCUUCAGUCUGUCUUUGUUCAGAGUUAUCUUGAUCAAGGAACACAGAUCUUCUUAAACAACAGCAUUGAGAAAUCUGGCUGGCUAUUUAUCCAACUCUAUCAUUCUUUUGUAUCAUCUGUUUUUAGCCUGUUUAUGUCUAGAACAUCUAUCAACGGGUUGCUAGGAAGAGGCUCGAUGUUUGUGUUUUCACCAGAUCAGUUUCAGAGACUGCUUAAAAUUAAUCCGGACUGGAAAACUCAUAGACUUCUUGACUUAGGUGCUGGAGAUGGAGAAGUCACAAAAAUCAUGAGCCCUCAUUUUGAAGAAAUUUAUGCCACUGAACUUUCUGAAACGAUGAUCUGGCAGCUCCAGAAGAAGAAAUACAGAGUGCUGGGUAUAAAUGAAUGGCAGAAUACAGGGUUCCAGUAUGAUGUCAUCAGCUGCUUAAAUCUGCUGGAUCGUUGUGAUCAGCCUCUGACACUGUUAAAAGAUAUCAGAAGUGUCCUGGAGCCCACCCAAGGCAGGGUCAUUCUUGCCUUAGUUUUGCCCUUCCAUCCGUAUGUGGAAAACGUAGGUGGCAAGUGGGAGAAACCAUCAGAAAUUUUGGAAAUCAAGGGACAGAAUUGGGAAGAACAAGUGAACAGCCUGCCUGAAGUCUUCAGGAAAGCCGGCUUUGCCAUCGAAGCCUUCACCAGACUGCCGUACCUGUGUGAGGGCGACAUGUACAGUGACUACUACGUGCUGGACGACGCUGUCUUUGUUCUCAGACCAGUAUAGACAUGCGCAGGCCCCAGAAGAGGGGCUGUGUCCAGUGGUGUGAGGGGACUGCCCCUGGAGGCUGCCAUUCUCAGUAUCAUGGAGGAAUUUUAAAAGCCAAAAUACUAAUUCUUUCUUUGUAGUGUGUAAAGGAGUGUUUUUAAAAACAAAAACCCAACUCUUUGUGUAUUUUUAAUCAAGUCUUUACUCAGAGUCACGCUCCAAAUGCAGGUCACUCUCCAAUUAUGAUGGAAGAUAUUUUUUAUACUUAAUUGCUGUAGGGACUCAUUCCCAGACAAAGCAAUAGUCAUGACGUCAUGGAACCAAUAAAUGGAUUGUUUUUAAUAAAUGAAGACUGGCAAUAAAGCUGUCCAUUCAAUUCCAAAUAUUGGUUAUAAGGUAGAGCCACUGAUAACUCUUUCAUGUUUAGAAACUCCUUCUGUUGCUAUUCAAAAAAAUGUUUUUAAUCAUGCUAAUAAACGUUUUUGGAGAUGA